UUAGGUUAUAGUGGAUCAAAUUGCAAGCUUCCUUGCCCACUUUCUCGGGAGUUUCUGCAUUUUACCUUUUUCGGGCGCAGUUUUAAUACUACCGAAGUCGCUUGCAGCUCCAUGGCCAUACGUAGGUAGUCGCUAUGAGCGUUCGGUCAUAGGUGAAAGUAAAUCCAGGAGCUGUCUCUAUACCGACUCUCACCGUACGGCUGCUCGUGAUAGACUGGUAAACACCGUCCGGACGCAUGGGGCAACUUCUGUGUUUUUCUUCGGCCAUGAUUCUAAUUGCACUUAUCGUCCAAUCUGACGAGGCACAAGGAGGAAUGGCUUCGGAUAUAGCCCUCCGCCCCGAAGCUACUCAAAGAUACCAGCGAAUACUUGGAUGUGGGCACAUGCACUACCAACAUGGUCACUUCUGCAAGAAGGACACCUGCCCAAACAAGCACCUCGGAAAAUGCGUAAAAGGAGAAUGUGUGUGCCUCCACGCGGUUACAACCAAGACGACUGCAGCUACAACAACCAAGAAAAUGCCGAAACGUGCACGGAAGAAUCCAUUACCGGAAUAGGUGGUUCCGAAAGAACAACCGGAUAGCCGGCCUUGAAAAAGAAUUUCUCAAUUUGUUCCUCAUUUUAUAUUACUGAAGAGUACUGUUACCGAUCUAUGUCUGUAAUAAACGCUGUCGUGUUCUA